UGCCAAACAAACUUCUCUCUCUCUCUUUCUUUCUCUCUCACAAACUUUGUUGGCACAUUAAAAAGAGAAGACACUCAGAAAGAAGCAGCAAACAUAUAACACAAACACAUCACACAAAGAAGCUAAUAAGAAGCAGCAGCAGCAACAACAACAACACAAGAAAAGAAAAAAAGAAAGAACAAAAGGGUGUCUUAUUAGCUAGCUAAAUAUUUCAAAAAAAAGCUAGCUAAAAGAAUUUCAAUGGAGAAAGAAGUAUUUUUCAAGAUUCUUGGAUUUUCAUUCUUGGUUUCAAUUAUUAUGAUAAGGGUUGUGGCUUAUUUAUGGUUAAGGCCAAGAAAAAUUGAAGAACAUUUUGCCAAACAAGGCAUUAGAGGACCUCCUUAUAAAUUCUUCAUUGGAAAUGCUAAGGAAAUUGUUAGUCUUAUGUUAAAGGCUUCUUCUCAAACUAUGCCUUAUUCUUCUCAUAAUAUUCUUCCUAGAGUUCUCUCUUUCUAUCAUCAUUGGAAGAAAAUUUAUGGUGCAACAUUUCUAGUGUGGUUUGGACCAACACCACGUUUGGCUGUAGCUGAUCCUGAUCUUAUUAGAGAAAUUUUUACUACAAAAUCUGAAUUUUAUGAGAAAAAUGAAGCUCACCCUUUAAUUAGACAACUUGAAGGAGAUGGUUUACUUAGUCUCAAAGGUGAAAAAUGGGCUCAUCAUAGGAAAAUUAUUACCCCUACCUUCCAUAUGGAAAAUCUCAAAUUGUUAAUACCAGGGGCAGCAAGCAAAGUAAUUGAAAUGUUGGAGAAAUUGACACAAAAUUCAAAGAAUGGAGAAAUAGAAAUUGAAGUAUCAGAAUGGUUCCAAACUUUAACAGAAGAUAUUGUAGCACAAACAGCUUUUGGUCGUAGCUAUGAACAAGGAAAAGCUAUUUUUAGGUUACAAGCUCAACAAAUGGUCCUAGCUUCUGAAGCUUUUCAAAAAAUCUUCAUACCUGGCUACAGGUUUCUACCCACGAGACGGAACAUCAAAUCGUGGAAACUGGACGCGGAGAUUAAGAAAUCGUUAAUGAAGUUGAUUCAAGAAAGGACAGAGGAUUGGGGGAAAGAAAUGCAAGAAAAUGGGCCAAAAGAUUUAUUAGGCCUAAUGAUACAAGCAAGCAUGAAAGAAUCAUCAUUAUCAUCAUCCAUUAAUAGUUCUCUUAAUCAUAAUUCUGCAAUUAAUUCCUCUAUGAUUACUGCAAAUGAUAUUGCUGAAGAAUGCAAGACUUUCUUCUUUGCUGGUGAACAAACGACGUCGAAUUUGCUGACGUGGACAACCGUUUUGCUAGCCAUGCAUCCACAGUGGCAGGACUUAGCACGUGACGAAGUGAUCAAGGUGUGCGGCUCACGUGACAUACCUUCCAAAGAUGAUCUUGCCAAGCUUAAGAUGCUGAGCAUGAUACUCAAUGAGUCCUUGCGUCUUUACCCUCCGAUCGUUGCAACGAUCAGACGAGCAAAGACUGAUGUGGAUCUUGGAGGUUGUCAAAUUCCCCUCGGGACCGAAGUCUUGAUCCCGAUUCUAGCAGUUCACCACGAUCAAGCGAUCUGGGGCAAUGACGCGAAUGAAUUUAAUCCUGCUCGAUUUUCUGAGGGAGUAGCACGAGCCGCUAAGCAUCCUGUGGCAUACAUUCCCUUUGGGCUCGGAGUUCGUCAAUGCAUUGGCCAAAACUUGGCGAUCUUACAGACCAAGUUAACGUUAGCAAUUAUACUUCAACGGUUCACGUUACGAUUAUCGCCACAAUAUAAACAUGCUCCAACGGUUUUGAUGCUACUUCACCCUCAGUAUGGUGCACCUAUCAUCUUUCAACAACGGUUGUCCAACCCAACAAUUGUCAAAAGCUCUUGACAUGUCUAUAUUUUGGUGUGUGAUGAGUGCAUAUAUUUUCUUGGAGAAAAAAAAAAGAAAAAAAAUGAAAGUAGAAUUAAAUGUGUUAUUGCAAGGAGAAAUUAUAUAGGAAGUAGGGAGAAAAUUUAUUUAAUUCCUUUUUCUUGAUUUGUUUUUUUCAUUUUUCCUUUUUUUGCACCAAAUACUAGUACUAACUAACCCUUCAAGUAGAGUCAUGCCUUGUCUUUAUUUUGCCAAAAAAAAUGCUUGGAUUUUCGGCAUGUUUAUGUUAGGAUUUUUACAUAGUGACUCAAUAGGAUUUCCUAUUUUCCUACUCUUUGUAUAUGUGAUGUAUAUGGGCUCAAGUCCUAACAAAGUUUUGUAAUAUUUUCAUGUAUAUCUUUUGAAAUGGUAGCUUUUGUGUUGCAUC